CCUCGAUCGAAAUAUUACGACAACUAGGAGGAAAGUCCUUUUGGUGACUAGGAAGAAGUUUGUUGUUCAGCGAUUGUAACGUUUUACAGGAUUCUAAAUACAAGCAGAGCUUGUAAUUCUUCAUUGAUACGCAUCCUUGAAUUGAAGGGGAACUAAUUACACGAUAACAAUGUCCUGCACCAACCCGGAACGAGGGACAAUCAUAGAAGUACUCAUUCUUAUCUGCCUCGCUGCUGUACAGGCAAAUUCUCCUUCGUCCGCAACUAUAAGCAACACACAAAGCAGUACUAAUUACACAGAAACACUAAUGAAUACAGAUAAUACGACUGCAAGUACAGACAUGACUACAAUUGCCACAACGACCGUCUCUCCCACGCCAACCAACUAUUUAGAAUUGAUAAAACCAUAUACCAUCAUCGCAGGAGUGGCGGUACUGAUCUUGUUGUUGAUUGUCAAUCUGGUAGGAGUUAUACAGAGACGGAAAGAACAAAAAGUGAUACGAAAUUACCUGCUGUCCCUCCACUCUCUGCUUCCCUUUCUGCGCAACUAUGACGACAUUCCGAACUUCGACGAAACUCAUGGAGGAAGGAAAAAGUCCAAGCACAACCUGUUUGGAAACAACAUUGAGGAAUACGAUGAGAUCGAAAUGGUUGCCCGUAGAUCUAAAUUAAGUGAAGUGAAGGAACCCAAGCAUGAUUGUGAAACUGAUCAGUCUACGGAUGUGGAGGCUUCGCAAGACAGGAAUACUGUAUACUCCCUACAGAAAGAAAUUCUGAGUAGCAACUUGUGAACAAGCGUAUGCUUUUCUUAUCAGAUAAACAGAGGCAGUGCUUCAUGUGGUCCAGGAGAUAUUCCUGACUUAAUGUUACUUUUCUAGCAAGAUUUCGAAUAUAUUUUCAAUAUAUAACUGUGAAGUUAUCAGACAGCUCAAAAUGAAUUGUUUAAUUAUGUAGAUUGAUGUGUCUGGUAUAAACCAAUUGUGUCUUUGAUUCUCCGGGACAGUUACAUACCCAGUUCAUCUAAGACAAUGUAUUGUUUAUAUUGUUUAUUGUACAAUUGCAAAAAAUAGUAAGUAAUUGUCAACAUGACCGCAGCGCCGUGAUUUGGUUAGCUGGGUAUAUUGAAACUAUUUUUUUUUUUUUUUUUUUUUAAAUAUAUAUAUUUUAUUUCCCAGAACCUAUUCUAUAACAAUAAUGAUAGUAAUAAUAAAGUACACUAUAGGGCAGCUGUCAGGGAUGGGGCCCUGGCUAAGCUCCCUCAAAAUUUAACAAGACAUUUCCUACUGUGCCACGCAGGGCACAUUCUAUAAAUUCUAUUUUAUAAUGUACAAGCUUAAGUAUAUUUAUCUGUCUAGCGUAUUAUAAUGUAUAUUUAAAAAAUUAUUAUGUGUAUCAAUUAUGAUAUUUGUUUGGACAAACAAAACAAAAUAUUAUACAUUUUUUUUAAAGAAAAAAGAACAUCACUAUAGAUGAAAUGAUUUAAGAUUUGAUUCAUAAAAAUAAUGUUAUAUAAAUAGACUGAAGAGUUAAUAUACCGCUCAUGCUGCCUUAAAGGUCCACACACGCCAACUUAAAGAGUCCAUAGAUGACCCUUAGGCAGCCUAGCUGGGAGACAGGUUACUCCCGGAAGUAGCGGUUUAUUAAAUACAUUUAUAAUAUUGAUUUCAAUCACACAAAAAAAUAAACCUUGUUACUAUGAAUAAGUUCAUAGUGUGUAUUAUAAAAAUAUACAAUGUGAUGACAGUAUGUACACAUAUACAUACACACAUAUACACACACAUAUACAUACAUGUCACAAAACAUUACCUAGUUUUUCUAUAACAUCCAUAUUUAGAUUACAUUUACAGUAUUUCAAAAUUUUAUACCAAAAUAAAACUUUUUGUUUGAUAUGGUUCUGAAUAUUGUAUUCCUGUUCAUCCACAUUUUCUAGUCUACAGAACAUCUUAUAUUUAUAUAUUUUGAGAGCAACAAAAGAUAUGAUAUUGUUUAACAAUUGUACCUUUUUGUUAUUUUCAUGAUGAAAUCCAAUCAAUAUAUCUUUCCAUCUGAUGUUAACUUUUGUGGUGAGACUUACAAUUUUCCAAAUGUUUUGUACAUUUUUACAUUUGAAAAUCAGGUGUUCAAUAUUUUCAGUCAUAUCACAUAAAAAACAAUUUCCAUUUUGCUCUUUCUUCCACUUGCUCAGCAUUUGCUUGCAGCAAAGUGUAUUAUUUAAUAGUUUAUAAUUAAAUUCUGCAAUAUUUUUGUCUAAUGAAAAUUUGAUUUUUUGAAUAUAUAUCUGUUUCCAAUCUUCUUGGUUUAUUUCAUAUUCAGUUUGGAAUUUUUUUUGAUACAGGGGAUAUAUAAAUUUACUUUUUAAUAAAAUUUCAUAAAAGAUUUUACAUUUUAUAUUUUCUAAAAUAUGAUACUCGUUUUUAUGAAAUAAGAAUGUUCUUUUAUUUUUUAUGUUAACAAACUUUGCCUGAUUUUUUAGUUUUUCAAUUAGAUUUUUGAAGACUGAUUUAACAACCUUAUAUUCACAUAUAUAGUUAGCUUUACAACUUAAUGUACUUUUUAUAUCAUUGAUUGUUUUGAAUUCAUUCUCUAUAAAUAGGUCUUUCACGUAUUUUAUCCCGCUUUUCACCCAAUUCGUGAAGAAUAUCGGUCUUCCCAUGUACGUAAAAUAUCUGUUAUACCAUAUGGGCUCUUGGAGUAUUUCUGAUAUGUUCAUUGUACUUAACGGUUUUAAUUUUUUGCAUUUAUUAAAGUAUAUGAAUACUUCUUUGUAAAACAUUGGCAGAUUGCCAAAUGUAUUAAAAUCUCUAAUAUCUAUAGAAUUCAUUUUAAUGACAUAUUCAAUAUCUGUAUUUUGACUUCUGAGUAUGUUUUCUAUAUGCUUUUUAAUAGUAUUUUGAUUAUCAUUUUUGAUAAGUCUUGAUACCCAUGCACCUUUAAGUGCUUGAAAUUUAAGGAUUAUAUCAAUAACACCUAUUCCUCCUUCAUUUACUGGACCUAUUAUGGUUUUUCUUUUUAUUCUGUCUUUUUUACUCCAAAGAAAGUUAAAAAUGCUUUUGUUUAUUCGUUUUAAAAUAUCAGUUCCUGGAAUUGGUAAUACAGAUGCUAUGUAAAUAAAUUUGCUAGUACCUAAAGUAUUUAUGAUUUCGUUCUUUCCAAAGAUUGUUAAUUUUCUUUUUUUCCAUGUUUCAAAGAGUUUUUCCAUGUUUUCACAUUUAUCUAUCCAGUUUUUGCGGUAACAUUCUUUCUUAUUAUUUCCUAAGUAUAUUCCUAAACAUUUUAAAGACUCAGUGUUUACUUUUAUACCAAACAUUUCAUUUGUUGUGUCUUUUAAAGUACCAGUUAAUAUGCAUUCUGUUUUAUUAAUAUUCACUUUAGAUCCUGCAUUUUUACAGAAUAUUUUCAAUUCUUUCAAAGCUUCUUUCAUUGAAUUAAUAUUUUUUAAAAAUAAAGUGAGAUCAUCUGCAUGGUGAGCAUGUUUUAUUUCCUCACCAAAGUGAGAGGUUUUUAUUCCAAAUAUUUGUUUAUUCUGUUUUAGUUUCAGAACCAGGAUUUCAGCUACAAAUAGGUAUAAUAUCGCAGAAAUUGGACAUCCCUGUCGUAUCCCUCGUUUCAUGUUGCAGGUUUUAGAUAUCCAACCAUUAUUUUUUAACCUAAAUAUUGGGUUUGUAUACAAUAUUUUAAUCCAUUUUAGAAAAUUUUCUUUAAAUUUGAAUUUUGUUAAUGUUUUGAACAUGAAAUUCCAUUCGACAGAGUCAAAAGCUUUUUCAAAAUCUACAAAUAGCAAAAUUCCUUCAUCAGCUGAUUCUUCGCAGUAUUCUAAAAUGUCUAGAAUUAGUCUAGCAUUCUCUCCAAUAUAUCGACCUUUGAUAUAUGCGGACUGGUUUUUAUUUAUCAGAUUAUCUAACACCUUUUGAAGUCUUUUUGCAAAUAUAAAUGCUAUAAUUUUAUAAUCAGUGUUUGUUAAACUUAUUGGUCUAUAGUUUUUCAAAUCUUUUGUAUCUCCUUGUUUAAAGAUUAGAGAAAUUACAGCUAAUCUCUGUGCAUAGCUUAGUUGAUUAUUUUUGUAGAUAUGUUUUAGUGUGUCAUAGAAUAAAUCUUUGAUAUACUUCCAGAAGCACUGGUAAAAUUCAUUUGUUAAGCCAUCUAAACCAGGAGAUUUAUUUAGUUUUAAAUUAUUAACAGCUUCUGUGCAUUCUUCAAGUGAUGGAAAUUCUUCACAUAAUUGUAUGUCAUUAUCACUCAUUUCAUUUUCUAGUUCAACAGAUUGUAAGUAGUCAUCAAUUUCGUCAUCCGAUAUGUUUUGGGAAGAAUAUAAGUUUUCAUAGAAAUUGCACAUGGCAUACAUUAUGUCGCUAGUUUUUGAAAUAUCUUUGUUAUCAAUUUUUAAAUCUUUUAUAACACUUUGUUUUUGUCUACUUUUUUCUAAAGAUAAGAAAUAACUCGUACAUUUCUCACCUUCAGUUAUCCAUUUGGAUCUUGAUCGUAUAAAAGCACCUUGGCAUUUCUUGUUAUAUAGACUGUCCAACUCUGCCUCGAUAUUUCUUUUUCUAUUCAUAUCAAUAUUUUGAUAGUCUGAUUCCUCAAUAUCAUUUAUUUCUUUUUCUAAAUUUCUAAUUCUUUCAUUUACAUUUUUUCCUUUUUGUUUAGCAAAUUGAAUAGAAAAGUCCUGAGCUUUUAAUUUGAAUAAUUCCCAUUUAUCUUGUGGUUCUGAGUCACCAUUUUUUAUUUCAGUAAUCAGGUUUUUAAUUCCCAUUUUAUAUUCUAAAUCUUUUAGAUGAGAGUUAUUCAAUUUCCAGUAUCCUGUUCCUCUUUCGUUAUGAUUUGUUUUAAAUAGUAGUUUUAGUACUCUGUGAUCCGAUAUUCUCUUUUUAGCUACAUUACCUGGAAUUUUACGUAUGAUAAUGUUUUCUAAAUCAUAUAUGAAAUUUUUACUUAUAAACACAUAAUCUAUUCUGCUACAAGGAAUGUCGUUUGAAUUGCACCAUGUAUAGCCGUUUAAGUCCGGGUGCUUACUGUUCCAUGAAUCAAACAUAUCUAAUGAGGUUAGUAUUUUGUUUAGUUUUCUAGAACUUGGAUCCUGUGUAUUCUCUAUUUUACAAUUGAAAUCUCCACAUAUUAUAACACUCUCUUCUGAUAUUUUCUUAUCCAGGAAAUUAUGCAAUUUUGAGAAAAAAAUACAUCUCUCUUUGGGGUUGUUUGGUGCAUAAAUGUUUAACAAAGAAAAAAUAUCAUCAUCUAUUUUCACCUUUAAAUAUAAUCUUCUUCCGUCUAUCGUUAUAUGUUUUUCUAGUAUAUCAAUAUUCAAAUCUUUUUUAAAUAGUAUAGAUACUCCUUUACUAAUUUGUGAUUCGCUGAAACAGUGAUAAGAUUUUCCAAACCAUCUUGCAUUAUAUUUCGUUUCAUUUUUUUCUAUGUAAUGGGUUUCUUGUAGAAAUGCAAUAUCAACUUUAGUGUCUCUUAACCAAUCAUAAAGUUUUAUUCUUUUUUCGUCCGAGUUUAUACCUCGGACAUUUACUGAUAUGAUAUCAAAUAAGUUCAUGCAUUAUAAUAGAAUUUCUUGAAUCUUUCAUUGUUAUAUACUGUAAAAAAAUAUUCAAAUUUUUCACAUGAAGACAAGAAAAAAAUAAUGAUCAUUCCGUAAAUACAAAACAUAGUCCUUUAGACGAUCCGGUUCAAAAUUAUCUGGGAUAAUUAUACCUGUAAUGUACACUUUACCCUUUGUCGUUGGAGUGGAGGUCUCGUCGGCUUUGUCUGCUUUGUCCAUCGCGACUUUGCUGUCUUGAAUCGCAAUUUUGUCUGGCAUUUCUUGCAGAAUUACGUGAUGUCCGAUGAGUCGGAGGAGAGCGAGAAGCCUGGCUUUGAGGUUUUUUAUUGUUUGUUUUCUUUUCUGGAUUAUGGACACUGGUUAACAUUUUUGUGAUGUUCAUCUGUGUCGUUGACUGGGGGGUUCUGGUAACCGAUUGAGAUCGAGAGUGAUGCGAUUGUUUUUUUGCUUUGUUGAUAUUUAUAAGAAUGUUGCCCAUCUGGUUUUUUCCUGGCCACUUUAGAUGGUUGGUGUGAUCAGUUCCUUCUCUGUCAAGUCCAGUACCCCAGAAUUCAUCAUAUGUGCUCUCUGCAAAAAUUGUGUCGGUAUCAUAACUUUCUAGGAUGGAUCGAAAAUCAUCAACUUGAUCAUAUUUUGCAUUUACAAUUUCUUCCAGUAUUUCGAUUUGUUUUUCAUGGAAAUCAUCAUUUGUUUGGAUACCUUUUCCUAUUUUUUUGGCAUUCAGAGCUGUUGGGGAAUCACGUAUGAGUUGAGCGUUUUCAAUGUCGCCACAACGCAGCGCUUUGACGUAUUGAAAUGCAUGUUCAGCAGAUGAAUGCGCAAUGCCGAAGACAUAUAUUGAACAAGGGUAGAAGUUAGAAAGAGGAGUAUUUGCUCCUGAGAAUGAAACCACUUCCUCUUGGUCAUCCACGUAUUCGCUGCAUAGUUGAGAACCUGGCUCAUGGUCUUCUUGCAGGCAUAUUUUACACCUUCUGUUUUCGGAACAUUGAAACAGCCAAUGCUUUCCCCAGCAAUUGGUGCACUUAGGCUCUCGUUUGUUUGAGGGUUGUCCUCUGUGGUAUAUCUGGCAUCUAAUACCUGCACAUGUGUUCUGUCUAGGUAGGUAUGUGCCGUCUUUGAAAGGUUUUGCAUAUACAAACCUGUUUCCGUUCAUAACGCUAGUCAUUUUUCAUAUUGAAACUAUUUCUCCAGAGCUUCUAUAUCCUCAAAAGAUCCACUCCAAAUUAGGGGAGAAAUGUAUUUCCAUGUCUUUAAAAAAAUCUAAUAAAACGAGAAAUCUCAAAGAUUAAAAAAA